AUGGCUCAUCCUAAUCGUCUCAUGGGGAAGCACCACCAGGAUGAGUGGAUGGAGGAGGAUGAUCUGCUAGGUGAUAUGGGGCAUCAUCAAUCUGAAUGUGAUAAAGAACCUGUAUGCUACAAAUGCAAGCAAAAGGGGCACAUGGCAGUUGAUUGCAGAAUCAGCAAGAAGCUCAAAAUAUGUGGAUUCGGUAUCCUUGGCCAAGGCUUCUACGCCAUUGACAUCCUAGAGGCAAGAAUCAAAGUGGCUCAGGCGACUGGUUUUGUAACUGUGUUAGAAGGUGAUGCUUCAGAGGAUAAAAUAGCUAAGGAAUUAAAGAACCUUGUCAGGGGAGACUGGAAUUUCAGGGUGAAGAAGACAGAUAAAAAGGAAUACAUGGUCAUGUUUCCUGACAAGAGCACAUUAGGGAUCUUUGCCAAACUGUUAGAGUUUGAGAUGCCCCUCUAUGGACUAAAGGGCAAAAUUGAUGUUGCCAAUUUUGAUCCUGAGUCUUCAUCAGUGCUACAUACAGUUUGGGUGAAGAUAUCCAAUAUUCCUGGGACUGCAAAAGAUGUAGAAACUGUUAGGGAAAUUGCUUAUUUGGUGAUUGAACCAAUUGUAGUCGAUGAGGUUAGUUUGAUCAAAGCUGGUCUUGUGAGGGUACAGGGGAGAUGCAGGAACCCUUCUCUGAUUAAGGGCUCGAUUGAGGUAUUUUUCAAUGGCUCAUGUAUUCCUAUUGGUUUUGAAGUAGAAGAUCACAAGGGUCUAGUCAAGGGUGGCAAAGGUGGUCCUCCUGGUCCAGGGGUUGGGAAACCUGGGGGGCCAGACAAAUAUCAGGAUAAUCACCAACAAGGGGAUAGGAAGAGAGGAACUGAUAAAUUCAAGAGAUUUGGCAAGAUUGAUAGGGACAUGGAUUCUAACCAAGAUGAUUCGAUGGAGGACUACUUGGGUAAAGGAUCUUCAGGAAAUCAUAGUGAGAUUGGCAAGGAAGCUAUGGUUACUCCUCUGGUAGCUUCUCAUCCUGAACUGGGACAUAUUUCCAUGAAUAGAAGCCCUAUUGUGGAUGGGCUAGGGGAGCUCACCCAGGAGGAUAAUGUGACUGCCCAACUGGAAAAUAGUGAUACUCUAUCUUUAGGGAAGGAAGCUGCUGAGGGAGACAUUCACAAGACAAAAUUGGUGAAAGAGGGCAUCAGGAACUUUGAUAAACAGCUUGAAGAGGAGGAUUUCAUGGAUUAUAUUUCUGAUCAAAGGGUGGCAGUCCCCAAAAUCCAAGAAGUCCAAGAAGAAGAACAUGCACAGCUGAUGGUAGCUACCAGAACAAGCAGUCGGGUGCCAAGGGAUGGCAUACUUAUUGCUACAAAGGCCGCUAAUAGAGCCAAAGCCAUGAACACUAUAACAGGUGCUAUUACCACAACAAAUCCUUUUACUGUUCUUAACAAUGCUUCUACUGCUUUCUUAGAGAAGGUUAUUAUAGAUUUAGACAUUGAGGUAGAAAAUGUUGAGGAACAAAUUGAUAUCUUUAGGGCGGAGGAGCUUGCUAGGGCAGCCUAUUGCUGA